AUGAAACAAACUGUUAGAGGUCGAAUUUUAAUAAAAAAUGGUAAUUCUAAUUUUCAUGGGGAUGAAAUAUUAUAUAUAUCUGUACGUGAUACAUUGAGACAUGAUGUGGAUUGUAUUGAACUUGGAAAUCAAAAUAUUCGUUUAAGAAAAGGACAACAAUUUCCUGUUGAUUAUGAAUGUACUUAUGAUCCAUCGAAAGCGCAUAUGAAAUUUGAGCAAAUUAAAUCGAUACCAGGUGGAAUUACAAUGUCAGCCAGAAUUGAACGAAAUGAACAAUUAUUAUUUAUUAAUGAUACAAGUAUUCCGUUAAGUACAAACGUUGAUAUUGAAUUAGUUAAAGUCGAUUAA